AUGUCCGAUGAGAAUCCACAUAUUGCCGAGUUCAUAUCAAUUACCAACUCAUCGAAAAGCUUAGCUGAGCAGUACUUGCAAAGGAACAACAAUGAUUUAGUCGAAGCUAUUGAGGAUUACUAUGCCAAUAGUGAGCAUGGCCCACAACCAACAGAACAACAUGAACCACCUAUUUUACCACAAGGCUCAGUAUCCAACCAGGCCGGUACUUCACAAAAGAAGAGGAAAGCGCAGGGUGGGAUUAAGACUUUUCGUGACUUGAAUAAUGAAGAAGAAGAUCUGGAGGACGAGAGUACUAGUAACAAUUUCUUUACCGGUGGUGAGAAAUCGGCGUUGCAGGUGGAAGACCCAAAUAAAGAUCGAGGCAAUGGAGACCAGAACUUGAUUGACCAGAUUUUCCAAAGAGCAAGGGAGCAAAUGAAUUUACCUGAUGAUCGCCCAAGUGCUCAGCAACAACCACAAAGCCUCCAUGAAACUGCACAUUUCACCGGCACAGGAUUCAAAUUGGGCGAUGGAAACGAGCCAAGUGAACAAAUUGAAGAUCCACAUGCUCAGGCAAGAGAGUUGUUGAAUCGUUUCCGUCCGAAGAAAGUGAACCGAGAAAUCACGUUUUGGAGGCAGGGUUUCACCGUCGGUGACAGUAAAUUGUACAGCUACGACGAUGAGAAGAAUAAGAGGAUAUUGAGCGAGAUAGAGCAAGGUCGUGUUCCAAUUGCUAUUUUGCAGGUGGAUCCCGGCGAUGAUGUUGAUGUGACGGUUUCAAAGAGGACCGAUGAAGAUUACGUGCCACCGAAGAGAAAAGUCGGCGGUUAUCACGGUUCAGGACACAGACUUGGAUCUCCUGUUCCUGGUGAACCCAUUGCUACCGAGGGCAAGGAAGAUAAUGUAGAAGAAACAAAACCGGAAACUGCAAACAAAACCGUCGACGAAGGAGAAGGAGACACUGCAGUGCAAAUUAGGUUUGCCAAUGGGAAAAGAACUUCACACAAAUUCAAUUCGAGUGACCCCAUCUCUGUGGUUUACAAUUUCGUGAGAAACCACGACUACAACACCGAUAGUGCUGGUCGAAAUUUUACUUUGAGCCACGCAUUUCCUGUUAAACCCAUCGAGGAAAGUAAUGAUAUUUCGAUCGCGGAUGCAAAGUUAAAGAACUCUGUCAUAGUGCAACGAUGGGUAUAG